GUUCUGUUUUUGCUGAUUUUUCUUUUUUUUUUCUUUUAGAGUAGUUUGUUUGAAUUCGAGAGGUACUGAAAAUUCUAGGAAACAUCCUUUGUAGAAAUUUCAUCGGAGACGACUUGAGGAGAAACUGAAGCUCCCGUCACCUCUCCGAUCUCACAAUCCCAGAUUGAUUGAUUUUUGUCACUUUUUCGCGUUCAUCCGAUUAAAAGAUGAACGGAGGUCCCUCUGGUUUCAAUAAUGCUCCGGUCACGAAAGCCUUCGUUAUUGCGAGCGCCCUUUUCACUGUGUUCUUCGGGAUCAGGAGCGGUUCUUCCAAGCUCGGCUUGUCUUACCAGGAUAUAUUUGAGAAGUUUCGGAUUAGGAAAUUAAUCAUAUCGAACUUUGCCUUCUCUUCCUCACCAGAGUUGUUUUCCGGCCUGUAUUUGCUCUACUUCUUCCGAGUCUUUGAGAGACAGAUUGGUUCAAAUAAGUAUUCGGUUUUCAUCUUAUUCUCUGGGGCUGUAUCGCUAAUACUAGAGACCAUUUUGUUAUCACUGUUUAAAGAUCCUACUGCAAACCUACUGACAUCUGGACCAUACGCCGUCAUCUUUGCUUCUUUUGUACCCUUCUUCUUGGACAUUCCAGUAACAAAGAGGUUUGGUGUAUUUGGCGUCCACUUCUCUGAUAAAUCAUUCAUAUAUCUUGCAGGUGUCCAGCUUUUUCUAUCAUCUUGGAAAAGAUCCAUGUUUACUGGAAUUUGCGGAAUAGUUGCUGGUUGCUUGUAUCGGUUGAACAUCUUUGGUAUUCGCAAGGCAAAGUUCCCCCAGUUCAUGGCUUCGUUAUUUUUCCGGUUUUCUUUGCCCUCCUUGAGCAGCCAUUCUCAACCACCAAGAAGGACAUCACCCAACUUAGGUCGCCAAGCAGUGAGAGCUUAUCGAGCUCCAAUGCCUGCAACUACAGAGCCAUCUGAGGAAGCCAUAGCAACUUUGGUAUCUAUGGGAUUUGACCAGAAUGCAGCGAGACAGGCUCUUGUACACUCCAGAAAUGAUGUCAAUGCUGCCACCAACAUCCUUCUUGAAGCGCAUUCCCACUAAACCCUUUACUAGGAAGUGUCAGAAACAUUGUUGAUUUGGAUGAAGACAUUGCACAAGACAAGAGGUAUUUUUCUGCUGCGAUCUAAAAACAGGAAUGACCUUGCCUUAGCUAAUAUGUCCAGCGGAUGAUCUGAUUUACAUCCUCUUUUUCUUUCUUCUAGGUUUACUUUUUGCCUCUUUUAGUUACCGUGGUAGUUUUAGAACAAAGUGCGUAGGCAAUGUUUAUUAUGUAAGUGCAGACUUCAAAGAAAAAAACAUGGAGCUUGAUUCUUAUCUGACUAAACCUUUAGGGAUUAACAUCUACUGAUCCAUUUAACC